CAAGGAGAUAAUAUGGCAGAAAGGACAGAAGAGGUCUCCAUGGUAUCUCAAACUUCAGAGCUAGCUAUGUCAGACUCUGAUGCUCAGGUACCUGGGGUUGAAACACUUAUGGAAGAUAUUGAUGAAUUUGAGAGUGCCUCUCAAGUGACAGCAUCUUCUCAGCCAGUUUGGACUAUGGAUGCCAUGGGUGUCAGAUCUGGUGGUUCCCCAAGAAAGAAACUCUUAAAGGACUCCUUAGCAGCAAAAGAACUUCAGACGAUGGAAAAGCACCUAGCUGAUAUUGAAAAGGACCUAGCGCUAUGGGAAGAAGCAAGGCUCUCAAGAAGCCCUAGCAUCCAGCAUCACAGUUUAGGUACAUCUGAUCCUCAAGGCAGUCUUCAAGCUACACAGGGCCAAAAUCCAAGGCCAGCUCAAAUGGGAAAAAACAUUCAGCUCCAAGGAAACAAAUCGCCACCACUGCCCACUAACAGCCGAGCACAGGCCUCAAGUGUUACAAACAGCAGGCCUCCGACAGCUGGUGUGCAAACCAACAGGCCAUCGACUCCAUCAACGCCGGGGAGCAGACCUGUGACCCCAAACAGCUUGCUGUCACGACCGCUCACUCCUAGCAGUCAAGGAAAUAAGGAAAGCAUCAUCAGUUUGCAUAGAAGUAGAUCUUUGACGUCAAAGAGCCAAAUGGGGAGGACCCUCAGCGCUGCUUCAGGGCUCUCUGUGCAAAUGAGUGGAGAUGUUGUCACUGUCACUGCUCAAAGAAGCAGUUUGUCAGAAGAUGAAUUCUUACAACAGCUUCAGCUUGCUCAUCAGCCUUGGAUGUUGCCGAGUGAUACAGAAAGUGAAGGAGUGGAAGCUGACCAAGACAAAUGUAAGUAUACUUGUUAGGAGCUGAUGAUAUUUCAAAAAACUUUGAACUUUUUUGUAUCACUAAAUCUUGCAGUGAAGUCAUGCCUGCUCAGAGGAACUUUCCUCAUAAGAAGCAAUUACUCAUUUGUUUCAAGGCUGAACGUUACAGGAUUGUUUUCCAUAAGCUUUCCUACAGACACUGAGCAUUGACAAAAUGAUCAGGGACCACAGCUUACUUAGCUAAGUGAAGUGAUUUGUUCUGGAGUGUUAAAGUAGUUGUUCCAGGGAAGUAGCAUGAAGUUGAAAUAGGUGUUCUGUUCAGUAAAUCUGUAUUGACCAGGAGAAAGACAAAAA